AAGCGAGCAGCGGGCGAACCGAAGAGAGGCCCGUAGCUCGCACAAGUGAGGAAUCUUGAGCCUUGCGGGCCACCAUCCCGGAAGUGGGGUUUAGAGAAAGAAAGUAAGGUUACUGGAGAUAAGUUUUGAAGAUUCUAGGAGAGACUCAGAUUUUGGUCACCUCACCUGAAGGAGCUAGUUUCGCUGCUAAGCCCCACACGUAUGUGGCGCAGGAUGAGGCUCGGGGCAUCUGUUGAGUCCAGCUGAGAAAGCCGAUCUGCGUUGUUCCUCGGUGCCGACGUUGGUUAUGAGAUGAGCUGAUGGUUUAGUGGCUUAUCAUGGCCCAGCGGGCAUUGUGGCUCAUGAGCCACGAACCGGGAACUCCACGUUGUGGGACCGUUAGAUUCUCCAGACGGUAUCCAACUGUUGAAAAACGAGCCAGAAUCUUCAAUGGAUCAAGUUAUGUGCCUAUUCCUGAAGAUGGUCCCUUUCUUAAAGCACUGCUCUUUGAACUUAGAUUAUUAGAUGAUGAUAAGGACUUUGUGGAGAGUCGUGAUAGCUGUUCACACAUCAAUAAAACAUCCAUCUAUGGACUGCCAGUAGGAGAUGAAGAACUCUGGCCAGUUGUUGCUUUUCUGAAGAAUGGCAUGAUAUAUGCUUGUGUUCCACUAGUUGAACAAACUCUGUCCCCUCGUCCACCAUUAAUUAGUAUUAGUGGAAUUUCACAAGGCUUUGAACUUCUUUUUGGGAUACAGGAUUUUCUUUACUCAAGUCAAAAAAAUGACACUGAGCUAAAUACAAAAUUGAGUCAAUUGCCUGACUUGCUUCUACAGGCUUGUCCAUUUGGUACUUUAUUAGAUGCCAACUUACAGAAUUUAUUAGAUAAUGUUAAUUUUGCUUCUGUGACUCAGCCACAAAAACAGCCAGCCUGGAAAACUGGAACAUACAAAGGAAAACCACAAGUUUCUAUUUCUAUCACUGAAAAGGUAAAAUCCAUGCAAUAUGAUAAACAGGAUGUAGCAGACAUGUGGCAAGUUGUUGGAGCAGUCACUUGCAAGUGUGAUUUGGAAGGAAUCAUGCCAAAUGUUACCAUCAGCUUGAGUCUCCCUACCAAUGGAUCGCCACUUCAAGAUAUUCUAGUUCAUCCCUGUGUGACAUCUCUUGACUCUGCCAUUCUGACAUCUAGUAGCAUUGAUUCAGUGGAUGAUUCUGCAUUUAGUGGGCCUUACAAAUUUCCAUUAACUCCUCCUUUAGAUUCAUUCAACUUAUGCUACUACACUUCCCAGGUCCCUGUCCCACCAAUUUUGGGUUUUUAUCAAAUGAAAGAGGAAGAAGUACAACUAAAAAUAACAGUUAAUUUGAAACUUCAUGAAAGUGUGAAAAAUAAUUUUGAAUUCUGUGAAGCUCAUAUACCUUUUUACAAUAGAGGUCCAAUUACACAUUUGGAAUACAAAGUUAGUUUUGGCCAGCUCGAAGUAUUUCGAGAGAAAAGCUUAUUGAUCUGGAAUAUUGGCCAGAAGUUCCCCAAAUCAAUGGAAAUUAGUCUUUCUGGAACUGUAACCUUUGGAGCCAAGAGCCAUGAGAGGCAGCCAUUUGACCCAAUUUGUAUUGGAGGUACAGCAUAUUUAAAGCUUCGUUUUAGGAUCUUAGAUUACACUCUCACUGGGUGUUAUGCGGAUCAGCAUUCAGUCCAAGUUUUUGCUUCAGGAAAACCAAAAAUAAGUGCGCACCGGAAAUUAAUUUCUUCUGAUUAUUACAUCUGGAAUUCUAAAGCCCCUGCUCCAGUAACAUAUGGAUCAUUAUUACUGUAAUUUUCUCAUGUUUAAAUGGGAUUUAUAUAAUGGUAAUAUGGCUUAGAUAAAAUCAUAGUCUUAUUUUUAAUGUGGAUGCAUAUAACCUGUAAGUGAAAACUCAUUGAAUGAUUUAAUUAUAGAAAUACUCUUAUGUAAUGUUUUUAGUCUGAUAUAGUUUGAAAGAACAUUUUAAAGGCUAAUGUCUGUAAUGUUGUUACCCUUUGAUUUUAUGCCAGUACGAUUCAGAACAUAGAAAAGUAAUGAUUUCGCUUUGAUUUAUUUUAGACUAGUCCUGGGUCACCCUGCCACACUUGUUCCUUCUUGCCCCUGUGGCAGACAUUGCUAAUCAAUCAUAGCCCUCUUCCUAUACUGAGCCUUCCUGGCAGCCACUCCCAAUGGAUUAUAGAUAAUGUGCAAGAUAAAAAUUAUUUGCUCUUUCAAACCUAAGUACUAAGGUCUUAACACAACAUGUUAUAGAAUACCAGAAACCACAUUAAAAAUAACUAUAAAUCUCUUGAAAAAACAGCCAAAGGAGACACAGGAAAAUUGUUUAAAUAGUAACCUGUUCUUCUUAAUCAGAACUAUCCUGCUGACUAAUAAAGAAUCUGCAUAAUUGUGUUUAAAGGGUGUAUCUCUGUUCUAGAGUUGCUUUUUAAGUAAGCUUGUUAAUCUGCCACAGUAACAUUUUGCUUAGGAUAUCAAUAGGCAUAUUAAGAUGGACAAGAUACCUUCAGAAGAUGAGCAUAGUGUUAUGUGAUCAUUUAAUGUCUGCAGCCAAAUUUUUAAAGAUAAAUUUAGGUGUCAUAUUGCUUUUUUGUGUUUUAUUAAAUUAAAAUUCAUUAAU